AAUUCUAGAGUUCUAGAUUCUCUUUGUAUAAAGAUACGAAUAAAUCCUAAUCCACUAAAGAAUCAAAACAACCAUUAUAACAAAUUAUAAAUAUAUUAAUUAAUUCAUCAAAUCUCAUGUUUCUAACGAAGUACUCCUCUCUCUUCUCUUUUAUGUUCAUUCUUCUAUUGAUUCUUCACACAAACGAUGAUCGAUUACUACCAACCAGUAGAGAUUAACAUAGUCUCGGCUCAAGAUCUCGACUCCAUAAACCUUUUGUUCAGACCAACAGUCUAUGUUUCCGUCUCGGUAACACGUGGUUCACGUGACAAGCAAGUCACACCAGCUGCUGUUUGCGAGAAGAAACUCUUACGAUGGAACCAUCGUAUGAAAUUUUAUAUAGAAGACGACAAGAUUCAAAGGAAUGAGUCAGUGUUUGUGUUUCAAAUCAAGGUUAAGAAGUUUUACGGGUCUACAGAAGUUGUUGGAAAACUUUUCGUACCGUUAAAGCAAUUGAUUCACUUGAAUGAAGAGAAGACUAUAACUGAGCAUACCAAAAUCGAUUAUCAGGUGAUUACUGAGUCUGGAAAACCAAAGGGUUGUAUAUGUUUAGGGUUUAGUUUUGGGAGUGUUUUUAAGGGACAAAUUAGCGGUUGUGACUCGGAUAGUAAUGUUGGGGUUUGUGAGGAUUGUAGAUUAGGAGCUUGGGGAAUUAUUAAAGAUGUGCCAUCUGCUCCUUGUGAAGACGAUAUCUAUGCUUGAGAAAUCAUUUUUUUCUAAUAUUUCCCAUACCUUAUUAUUUUCCAUAUUUUUUUUAGGUCAAAGAUGAUUGAUCAUGAUAAAUUAUUUUGAAUAGAGCGAUAGUUUAUUUUGAUAACAAGGGAAAUAUAUUGUAUUCUUGAUUCUUCUAAACAAACUGAUUAUUGUUAUAGAGUUUGAAAAUUAACUGACGCAUGGACCAGUGCACAUGUAUAAUCUCUUAUAAAAAAUAGGAAUGGAAGCUUGAGAAUUACUAUCAUGUAAAGACCAAUAAGUCAUAUAAAAUCUAAAACUCCCACUACAAAAUAAAUCCCCCAUUGCAUUAACAAACUCUUUAAGCUGAUCUCUCUUCCCUCAAUCUGGUAGAGAGUAUAAAAAGAGAAUUGAUGAGAAUUCACUCAAGGAGACAAGAUGUUAGUUUUAUUUAAGUAUAAAAAUUAAGAAAUAAGUUUACAGUUUUAAGCGUAAUACUUCUUUUCUUUGGCAAGAAAAAAAAUUACAUGAGUUGUAAGCGUAAUACUUCUUUUCUUUGGCAAGAAGAAGACUUCUUCCUGAAAUUGAUUGAAAAUGUUAGUAGUUUUCUUUUUCUUAACAUAAUUAUUAAAUUACAUAGUUGAACUAUGUUUUGAUGAUAUGAUAAAACUUAGAAAAAUUUAUCCGGUUAAGAGAUUUAACAAUUCAUUAUAUCGAUUGCAAAAGAAGUCAGAAAUUAUAUUUGAUGUUCAAAUAAGAAAAACUCAUGUUAAUCUCCGAAGUAGAAAUUCCAGAUAUAUAAUAUUUUUUAAUCUAUAUGAAAAUCCUCAACUACAUUUAUUUUCUUCAAAGUCAACUCAUCCACCUUCCUUGGGCCUGAACAUUGAAAAUGAAAAUAAAACUUAAAGGAGUUGCUCUGUCUUUACAUAGCACAUCUAAGUAAACAAAAAUGCAGCUGACUAAACUAUAUAUAUCUACCAAAAAACAUCUCUAUACUUUGAACAAAGAAAACAAGAAAAAGUUCCAUAUACAGUUAGAGACGCAUGAGCCCCUAACCCUCCUCAAUAUUCUACAAACAUGUUCCAAAAUCCCUAACAAUCACAAAGAUCAUCGAUGGUUCUUGUCAUAUAUAUACGUUGUGUUAGGUGCUUCAUCCAUUAUAAUCAAACUUGAUCCCUUUCAUGCAACAUUUAUGGAGUGCAUGAUGUGUUUUCACUCAUGUUUUGUCAGUAAUCUAUUUGGUUUUCUUUGUAACUUGACAUUAUCCCAACACACUUUGAAACUCUUAAUCUACACAUGCUCUUGUUAUCUGUCUCAUUGCUUUACCUCUAAACACAACAAAGUGUUCAUACGUGUGUUUCAAUCGCAUAACCAUAUCCUUUUACAAUCUUUUAGAAAUUCAGAACUUU